ACUCUUCGCUCGUCCUGUUUGACUUCAGUGAUUUUUAUCAGGCUGUCAGUAAACUGGAGUAAACCACCAGCAGUGUGUGUGUCUGUGUUAGUGUGUGUUAGCGCUGGACGGAGGAUUUAAUAUUACCUACAAUAAAGCUGCACCUUUAUAAAACCUCAACAUGCAUCCGGUCAGAGUGUCCAUUCCGUCGUUCCGCUCCGAGAACAACUCGAUGGAAAAGGGAUUCACGGUCUUUAAAAUUGACGUGCUGAUGAACGGCCGACAGCACACGGUUGAGAAGCGCUACAGUGAAUUUCACGCUUUGCAUAAAAUGCUAAAGAAGAGCAUAAAACCACCUGAAAUCCCCUCCAAACAUGUCAGAAACUGGGUUCCCAAAGUCCUGGAGCAGCGGAGGCAAGGCCUGGAGUUCUACCUGCAGACUAUAAUUAUGGAAAAUGAGGUUCUUCCAAAGAUAUUCCUGGAUUUCCUGAAUAUCCGCCAUUUUCCUUCUGUGCCAAAAACAGAGAGCUGUGGGUCGUUCGAUACAGAAUCAGAGGAAUCGAGUAAACUUUCACACCAGCCUGUCAUGCUGUUUCUGAGGGACCCCUACCUGCUGCCAUCUGCACACGACUCAUUUUCCAACGUCGUGAUCGAAGGCGUGAUACAUGGAGUUUUCUAUCCGGAUCUUCAGCCGAGGUAGAGCUGAAUCUGAGGGGAACGCUUGAUAUUUUUGCACCAUUUUAGGUGUUUGUCAGGAAGAACAUAACAUGCUAACAUAGACUGAGCCUCAUCUACAUUUCCCAAAGCAUUUAGCACAAGUCCAUUUCUUUUAAAAAGAAAGAAAGAAAGAAAGAGAGUGCACCUGAUCUCAGAAGAAAUCCUCACCAAACACUAAAUCAUGUUUUGUCUCUGUAGUCACUAACUUUCUCAACAUAGUUAAAAACACAUAUAAGCUAUAAGCUACACUUUGACAGCUUAACUUGGAUGUUUCAAAGCAUAAUGAUCAAAACAGGAAAGGAUCAAGAAGAUUUAUAGGCAUGAUAGGGUUAUUUCUAUUGACAUAAAUGAAUGAAAUAAAUAACCAGAGUCAACUGGAAACACAAACAAGAGGCUCAUCGAUGUCGGGGACACUUGAAAGGUGAAAUGCUAACACCAGGUAGACUGAAGGUUAGUUUACCAGAAGCAGAGGAGCAUUUCUGACCUGUUAGGACAAAGUCCAGGCCUGAAAUGUGGAGCUGGAUGGAUCAUCACGGCCUGCAGACACCAAGCUGCCACUCCCUUUGUAGCGCCACUGAUGUGGUUUUGAUUUUGUUUUGAGCUGCCGAACGGAGCCAACAGAGGGAGCGUAGCGGGACGAUUUUUCAAGAGAGUGUUUGUGCAUUGAGCUGAAGUUGACAGCUCCGUGCCACAUGUUAGGUUGGAAGUGAUGGAGCUUUAUAAAUAGACCGAGGGCAGCGAUGUGGUGUGGGCCAGGAGACGUCUGAAGAAGUGUUGCAGCGUUGACAGCGAGCUCUACAGGAGGAGCAGUUUGGUGAGGAUGUGAUUAAGUCGAGAUUUUGGGGUGAAAAGCUGCUUUGAGAAUAAACCACAACAGAAAUAAACAUACGGCGCAACCUGUGAGUGAAGAAAGACGUGUUUAGCUGGAAGCGGGCGUCGUCGGGAGUUUCAGAAAUCAGAUGCUGACGGAGCAGUUCUAGAGGAUUACUGCAAAUCCAGGGUGCUUCUCCUUUUCUGUUUCAGAGUUUCAGUGAGAUAUGAGUGUAAGAAAAGUCGAUGGGAAUUAUUGUCAUCCAAAACUACACACAUGACCUACUUAGAUGUAGAUCUAAGUAAGACAGCUAAAUCUGGUCAUAGCCUGUGAAGAAAUAAAUCCCUGUAUUAAACAUUAGAUUAAAGUCUUGAUCCGACACAAUCCUGUCUAACUGUCCCCAGAUCUCACAGAAACUGACUUCAGACACUGCAGGUGCAAGUAGAUUUUCACUUAGAGGCUUGAGUUUGUGCACAAAUGAGGAUUUUGUGUCCUGAUAACACUUAGUAAAGACCAGCAUCUAACACUAAUGUUGAAUGUACAGAUAAUACAGAAGGCCAGUUGUGGAGUUGUGGUGAUCAGAGGCACAGUCAUCAUAAUGUAAAGGGAUGCAAAGACUGUUUUAUUUUAAAGAGAAUAUGUAAAAUUUACAGCCAGUAACAUGUUGUGCAAUAUCGAAUUAAUUACAGUCUUUGUGUUGGUCCUUCCAGAGCCCGACCAGUUGCCUCAAUACUGACCUCAAUAUAUCAGCCGAUAUUCUUAAUAUAUGUUGGUCAUGAUGAAAAGGGAAAAUGAUGGCCUCGCUGUUUAAAUUUCAAACAAUGUAUUUCAUAAACUCGAUGUUAACUGACUGUGAAGACACCGCUUGACUCCGCACCUGCUCUGCUACAUGUGCUGCAGACAGAGCUGCUUUUUCCAGAGGAACCAUUAUGUGAGGACACUAUUUCUAGCAUUAUAUUCUGUAAAACAAGCAUAUCGAACUACAUAUUCAUCAAUACCGAUGCAUCUAUGAUAGGCAAACAUCGAGCGAUAAUGUCGGUCGUAUAUAUCGGUCGGGCUCUCGAUCUUUAUGAAUUUUAGUGAAACUGCAAAACAUCUCACCUCGUAAAGGCUCUAAAUAAGGUGUAGCUGUUGUAAAUCGUCAUGUGACUUCCUGGAACAGUUUAUGUGCUUUUUUAGAGCUUUCUCAUGUGACUGGACCUCCACCACACAUUUGUACUGAAAUGAAUCCUGACUAACGAACCUCAACUGAAGAGAUCAUGAUUUUGUUUUAACAAAGCAAAUCGUUUCCUAGAAAUCCAUGUUGUAGAUGUAUGUGAAUUUAUCAUGAGUAAUAUGUGUCAUUUCUGUGCCAUAAUGCCAACCUAAAGUGAACACUGGAAUCCUACUGUAGCACUUUGAGAUGGAUGUUAUGAAAAAUACUGACACUAAUAAAAUUCAUUAUUUCCUCAAACCGAGUUAGAGUUGAUUUCUUAAUUAAAAAAUUAACAGUGAAUUUAUUGACACCAUGAGCUCUUUAUUAGAAAAAAAAAUGACUAAAAAAAGGCAGCAGAUACACAAGCUAACAAUUGUUUUGUAUUAUAUUGUCAGUUUGUUUCACACGUAGCUUAAAAAAAAAAAAAAUCACAAAAGUUUUGAAAUCAGUAAAUUUUCACAUGUUGUGUAAA